AGUAGUAAUGAUUACAAAAUCCAAAAAUCAAUAUUGUCCAAAAUAUAUAUUGCAUCUCAUACUCCAACUAUAGGAUCUACUUCACCAAAAAUUUACAAAUGUGAACACGAAAUAUAGUUGAAAGCUCUUCCCAUUUUUGCAAUUUUGCCCAUCCGAAUCCGAAACCAACUUACUACCCCAUAUAAUCUAUUCUUAUAUCUAUUUUACUAUUUAUAUAUAUGUAAAAUCUAUAUAGACAUAGAUUACACCCUCAAAAUCAAUACCAAGCCCAAUAAUUGAACAAAACUUUUUAACCAUGUCCACCACCGUGCUCGAAACCACCGCCAUCCCUCCUCCGCUGGGCUCCGCCGCCGAGCUAACCCUCCCUCUCUGCUUCUUCGACAUCAUCUGGCUGCCUUUCCACCCCAUCCGCCGCCUCAUCUUCUACAACCACCCCUGCACCGAGGCCGAAUUCUCCUCCACCAUCGUUCCAAACCUCAAACACUCCCUCUCCCUCACCCUCCAACACUUUCCCCCCGUCGCCGGAAACCUCCUCUACCCUCUCGACACCGAAAAAUCCCGCCCGUUCCUCCGCUACCUCUCCGGCGACACCGCCCCCCUCACCAUCGCCGUCUCCAUCCGCGACUUCGACGAAGUCACCGGGAGCCACGCCCGAGACGCCGAUCAGUUCUACGACUUCACCCCGCCGAUGCCGCCGCUGGCCGAGGAGGAAAAUUACAAAAUUUCCCCUCUCAUCGCGCUCCAGGCCACGCUCUUCCCCGGCCGCGGCAUCUGCAUCGGGGUGAGCAAUCACCACUGCCUCGGCGAUGCGAGGUCCGUGUUCCGAUUCGUCUCAGCCUGGGCCGAGACGAAUCAGCGCGGCGGAGACGAGCAACUUAAAAACUGCUCAUCGCCGCCGCUAUUUGAUAGAUCUGUUUUUGGAGAUAUCAAGGGCAUAAGCGACAAUUUAUGGAGCACCAUGAGGAAAAUUCCGCUGGCUCUGCCAAGUUCGCCUGUGCCUACUAACAGAGUCAGGGCCGCGUUCACACUGCAUCGAUCCGAUAUUAAAAAACUCAAGGAUAUUGUCAUGUCGAAGAGGCCCGGCCUAGUCUACAUCUCUACUUUCGCCGUCACGGCGGCGUACACGUGGAGCGCUGUGGUGAAAUCCGCGGCUGCGGCCGGGGAGGCCGCGGACGAAGAUGGGACCGAGGUGCUCUUUAUGCCGGCGGACGGGAGGGGGCGGAGGAAUGCGCUGGUCGACCCUCCGGUGCCGGUGAAUUACUUCGGGAAUUGCUUGGGCGGCGGGGUGGCGACGGUGGAGCAUAAGAAGCUGGCGGCGGAGGAAGGAUUUGUCGCGGCGGCAGAGGCGAUUGCGGAUUUGAUCAAGAACAGAGUGAAUAAUGAAGAGGUUUUUUUGGGUGAUUUGGAUAGUUGGUUGGCGGAGAUGUCGAAAUUGGCGAGGUUGAAUACGUUUGGAGUUUCCGGUUCACCGAAAUUCGAUUUGUCGAAUGCGGAUUUUGGAUGGGGAAAGGCGAGGAAGUUGGAGGUUUUAUCGAUGGACGAAGAGAAGUAUACGAUGUCGUUGUGUAAUUCACCGGAUUCCGAAAGCGGUUUGGUGGUCGGAACUUCACUACCGAGGAAGAGAAUGGAGGCUUUUGCAACAAUAUUUGAAGAUGGCCUUAAAUUUUAAGUAAUAGUUGGUGCAAUGGUGUUAAAGUAUAUGAUUAAAAGUUUUAAUUUUUAAUAAUUAUUUUAUUUUGUGUA